AAGAUUCCAAAUUAAAUAAAAACAACCAAUCCAACUUCUUUUAUAAUCCCAAAACCUCAAGAGGAGACUCCAUUUUUUAGUUUCAUCAUCAUCUUCUCUUUCACUCAAACCCACACAGAAGACUUCUAGUUAUAUAGAGACUUUGGUGAACUUCUAAAAAGUUUAACAAACAUCAAUGGAGACCACAACGAAACCAAACCCAUCUUCCACUACUUCAUCAUCAGCUUCCUCUUCCAUUAUCAAUGGAUCUCUACAUCACCACAUCAUCACCAGAUCUGAUCAUUACCCAACAACUUUCGUUCAAGCAGACACUUCCACUUUCAAACAAGUCGUCCAGAUGCUAACCGGCACCUCCUCCCCGAGAUCCCCAGACUCGCCGCGUCCUCCUCCGUCUCCUUCCGGCAAGAGUACUUUCGUUAUUCCACCGGUCAAAACGACGCAGCCGAAGAAACACUCGGGAAACAAACUCUACGAGAGGAGAUCGAACAACAGCAGCCUCAAGAACAGCCUCAUGAUUAACACACUCAUGAUCGGCGGCGGAAACGGUGCCGGAAGCCCAAGAUUCUCGCCGAGAAACCAGGAGAUUCUGUCGCCUAGCUGUCUUGACUUCCCGAAGCUAGCACUGAACAGCCCCGUGACGCCGCUGAAACACGGUGGCGACGGGAACGACGGUGACCCUUUCGACAGGAUGUCGCCAUUGUCGGAGGAAGAGAGAGCGAUCUCGGAGAAAGGUUAUUACUUGCAUAGGUCGCCUAUUUCAACUCCGAGGGAAUCGGAGCCGCAGCUUUUGCCGCUGUUUCCUGUUACUUCUCCGAGAGUAUCGGCUGCUUCACCGGAUUAUUCAACUUCUUGAGGAGAGAGAGAAUGUUCAUAAAAUUUACUGCCACUGUUAUUUUCUUUUUUUAACUCUCGUUUUUAAUCCUUACUUUGUUUUUACUAUGUUACCAAAAAUAUGUCAAUUUAAAUUUUAAAUAAAGAAUAUGAAGGAUAUGAAAAGUCAAA